AUGGUAGAUGGCACCGGCACUUGCGAUGACUAUGAUGCUUACUUAUACUCUCAAUGGGAUAUGUGUAAUGCUGCUGUUCUUUCGUGGAUUUUGAACACUGUGAGCAUAGAGCUUUCGACGGGUAUCAUGUUUGCUUCUAGCGCGGAGGUGGUUUGGAAGGAUAUGAAGGAGUGGUUUGAUAAGGUUGACGGGUCACGAAUCUAUUUCUUGCAUCGAGAAAUAGCAACGCUGAGUCAAUCAACGUCUCUUUCAAUUUCUUACGGGAUUGAACGAGACCUUCUCGGUGGUCGUAGUCAGAUAUUGUUGAUGCAACAUUUGCCUUCGGUGAAUAAGGCCUAUUCAAUGAUAACUCAGGAGGAAUCGCAGCGUAUUCAUUUUUCUUUUACACCUGGUUCUGAUUCGACGAUUUUUUAUUCUGUCUGCUCUUCUGAUCGACGGUGUUUCACUAGCAUCUGUGACUACUACAAGAAGAAGGGCAUAAGCAUGAAACUUGUUAUAGGUUGA